AUGGGAUUAUGUAGACCAGCUAAUUGUGAAAGUACAAAAGAUAAUACUUAUGGUGUUUUACCUUACAUGGCCCCUGAAAUUUUGCGAGGACAAAAUUAUAACAAAGCUGCUGAUAUUUAUAGUUUUGGUAUAAUUAUGUAUGAAGUAAUUUCUGGAUUAAGCCCAUUUCAUGAUAAAAGUCAGGAUGAAGCAUUAGCUAUAAAGAUUUGUCAAGGACUCAGACCAAGUUUUAAUAUUAAAGUUCCUCAAUUAAUUAUGCAUACAAUUAAAAGAUGUUUAGAUGCAAAUCCUUUAACUCGACCAAAUGCUCAUGAAUUAAAGUCUACUAUAGAAAAAUGGAAUGAAAAUAACGCAGAAUUAAAUGAGCAAAUUAUAGAAGCAGAAGAAAUAAAUAAUAAUUUACCGAUCAAUACAAUAAUUUCGAUUAGUUUAACUUCAUCACAUAAAAUGAACACACAUUCCGAAGCUAUUUACACAAGUAGAUUACUUAAUUUUAAUAAUCUUCCUGAACCAAAAAAUUCAGAGGAUUAUUAUAACCAAUAUGAAAAUAUAUCAGCAGAUUUACAAAUUAAUAUUACUUAAUCAUACUAUUGAUCGCAACAGGUCAUUACUCUUAUUUUUACAAAUUUUUUUAGAUAGGCGUUUAUUUUUAUGUACUAUAUAAAAAUUUAAUUUAUUUGCCUAUGGUUUAGGUCAUUAAAUUUUUCUAUUUUUCAUUUUUUUU